AUGGACCUCCUGAAAACGCACCUGUCAUUUGCGUGCAUGCACGCAUUCGAGGAUAUAGGAGUCCAAGAACUUGAAGAGGAACUGCUCCGCAAGGUUCCGCAAGCAGAGUGCCAUUGCGAGUAUUCCUGUUCUGAAGAUGUGCUCGUUAUGAAAGGCAAACUUGAAGGGCAUAUUGUCGCCAUCACUGCUGUGAUUUCUUCUUUCAUCGAAAAGCAAAAGAGCAAGGACUUGCUGGAUACACCCCGCCUUCGUGUGUUAGAUCUGCCGUCAGUAGUACAAGAUGGUUCAACCGCAGUAGAUGAUCCCCAAUGGGUUGGUAACGGAAGCCUCCUGACCCUGGAUGAUGACACGGGAACGCUCAUACCUCACCCUCGGACUCAAAUCACAAAAUUUUGGCUGUCAUCUGCCGGAGGUGUAGGUUGUUUUGCCGCAAAUAUGUAUCAGGAGACGAUUGGGAAAGUCACAAAGGGUACCGGGACGGAGAUAACUGUCGUUGACGAAGUAAAGGGUCUGCAAGUCUCGGGUGGCAGAGAAACCGAUGUAGAUGACGCAUUAGCGAAGCUUACACGGAUUGAAAAUCCUUUGUCGCUUCUUGACAACCCAGCCAUUAUCAACAUUGCAGUUGACCAACCUCAAGAAGACUCUGGAUACAGGAUCCAGCCAUAUGCUGUCUUAGGCCCGGUGGCCGUUCGUCGCAUUCUCGCCGAUCCAUCUUGGGACGGUCUAGGUCAAAUGUUCGUUACCGUCUUCUAUUCAUUCGAUGCGGACUAUCAAAAAUAUAUUCCGCCCCCAAACCUGAUAGAACCCCCUCUCUGCAGCAGUGAAAAUGGGAAAUCCCGCAUUUGGAGUGACUUUUCGUUCCAACCGCUAGGCAAGGCGGAUGAUUUUCUGGCAUUAGAAUCAAUGAUGGAAAACAGUCAAGACGAAUGUCAAUUAUUGCCACCAAAAGACAUAACGGGCCAUCCAUAUCUCUCUCCAGAGAAGGCAAAGCAAGUUAAUGAAUGGGUCGUACCAGCAGCCUCGAUGCUCGACCCAUCCACAAGCCAAUCAGCCGAGGGCGUUAUGUCAAGGCCUACAGAGCACACCAGUGUCAAGGCACCUGGUAUCAAAGUGCGACGGCCAGUACAGCCUCCUAAAGUGGACUCGGUCUCGAAAGCCAAAAGCGUGUCACCUGAAGUUGCGCCCUCUGAAUCACAGGUAGAACCAAGUGGCAAACUCAUAGCCAACACACCUCGAAAGAAAUGGAGAAUGAAGUACGAGCCAAAUCUGGGUAGCUCUGACGCCGCUCAGGCUUCGGAUACCAAAGUCGAAAAAGAUAUUGGAAAUCGUAAACCCCUCGAGAGACCUGUCAUUUCGAAUACCACAAAGCCCGAAGGCCGCCCAUACGUCCCUAUAAUAUCUGACUCCACAAAGAACGGUCUUAAUAGGUACCCAACUAGAGCGAUCAAGCCUGACAUUACCCAUUCGAAGGCUGAAAAAGGAGGUCGAAACAAGCAAAUGAUAAGGAGCAAACCCCCCAAAAAGGAUGAUGAGCUAAUUGACGUACGGACACCGGUCAAUGCGACUCGAUUGAAUCAUCCUCCUCUCCUGUUCAAUACGCCGGCACUCAUCCCCGAACCAUCAAUUUCUGUAGCUGGAAUACCAGAACCUACUGAUGCCUCUGGAAAACGCUCUACGAUAUCCGUCGGUGCACGCUUUGCCGAUCUUGCUGGGUUGAGCAUUGCUGGAGCCACCAAUGCUGAUGAGUCAACCAGUUCAGUGUCAAUGCAAGAUAGCUCUUCGAGUAAAUCGAAUUUUCCCGAACAGGAUGCAAGACUACAGAGAUUGAAACUUGCAUAUAAUAAUCACCUGUCAUCAACCGUCUCAAAAACCUUUGUCAAACCGUGCAAGCGCCCAGGGGAUAUCAAUAAGUUGCUCGAAAAGCAAGUCAUCGACGACUAUGAAAGGUCUCAAAGGUCCGAAGCUGAGCAGUCUGUGCGUGAGACAGAGAAUAGGCAGUACCAUCACAUUAUGAAUCAAAAAGCGGGAAAGCCUGGCCAGAAAUCGAAGAACAAAGUAGCAUCGGCGGCCAAAAAACAAGCCACCCUCGAAGAUGCUUGGGGCAUGCCAAAGCAGAAGAAGCGGCUCGGAUCCUUGAAAACGCAGAACCCAUCUGUAAAGGGUGAUUCUAUGGUUCCAGCAACAGCCGAGACGGAGCAAAAGGCGAGGCGAAAUAUAGGCGAAGACAUUGAACGCGUGUUUGCGGCAAUGAAGCCGAUGCUUGAGGCGGCCGAAGCAUUUCCUGGCAUUCUAGUGCUCGAGGUACAGCUGGGGCUUGUUCUUAUCCCGUUUGUUCCCAAAAAGUGUGGCGAUAAAUUAAUAUCGUUAAACGAGUGGUCAAGAAUCUUCCAGCUUCAAUCUGGAUUGACGGCGCCGAGUACCAAGUUUGUGAACAGACUGACAGCUUGUGGUACCGAGAUCGACCGAAUUGUCGACCUCAAACCCUCUAAAUCUGUAGGGAGACCGCGCUUAUUUCAACAAGAAUAUAGCGAGUACGAUAUUUGCUAUGAGUUCCACUGUCGAACAAAUGCCAAUGAACUGCUCAUAAUUGCUGUUGAUGAGCAGGGCGGCUAUACAAUUCAGACUCCGAAAUCGAUCAUUGGAGCGGUAAAUAUGCACUUCCCUCGGAAGAUAUGGGACGCUAGGGCAGUUCUUUCUGUUCAGAAUCGGUAUUAUUCUCCGGAAGUUGAAGAAGCUGCAAAGUACCUCGCAGAUCAUAUUUGGAUCCCGGCUGAAAAGUCGAUUCGUGUUCACACCGCGCUCCCAAAGGGUAGCAAGAUUACUAUCCAAAAGGUGUUCAUGAAGCGCUGGACCCGCCAUCGGCACAUUCGUCCCGACGAAGCCUUGGGCUGUGAACAAAACGCAAACGAAGGCCACGAUAUCUUCCUUCAAGUUAUGGAGGUCCAAGAUCUCUUCAUCGGAACCGUAACUCAAGAUUUGUCCGAAGUUGAAUACAUCAGAGCCCGCUUUACGAAAGCGGAAGAAAUGGUCUGCAGGGGUAGAGUUUGGUACGAACUUUCGCUGGUCAGCCCUGCUAUCGAGACUAUUUUGAAGACCAAUAUGAACCUUGAGGUUGGUGAACGCACUGAGGACUGGCGUUGCCCGGAUUUGUUUGGAGACACUGCUGCUUUCUUCACUGGACAACCUCCAAGCCCCGUAGCAGCGGCAAUUGGCCCUGCUGGAAUCGCUGAGCUGUGCCAAGUUGCAAAGGAAGUCGUGAACAAGAUGGACGGAGUUGGAACCUGUAAUCGUGGCCCAAUGAGCCCUGACACGCAGCGAGUUCCCGCGAUUAACAGUCAAGGGAACAAGGGUUGGAGUCAUGAAGAUCUCGAGAGUGUCAAAGAGGUGGAAAGCGUAGUUGCAAGAAUGAACGAAGGUCCAAUGGCUGUUGGGGUCAUCAAACAAGAGCAGGCAGAAAAGGAAUUCUGGUAG